AUGUACUUCCCGGCCCCCAAGAAGCAAGAGCCCAUCAUGGCUUUCUCUGUGAAGCGAACUGCUGGAGGAUUGGUUCCACCAUCUAAAACGACGCCCACAGGAGGCACCCUCCAUCUCUCAGCCAUUGAUAGGCUGCCGGCCUUGAGAUGCUAUGCUAGGACAUUGCAUGUCUUCAGGCAUGGCCCAGCUGAAGUUGCCACGCUCAUCAAACAUGCCUUGUCCAAGGCACUGGUUCCAUACUAUCCUCUUGCAGGGAGGCUCAAGGAGUCGAGCAGCCUAGGCGGCGUCCAGGUUGCCUGUACCGGAGAAGGUGUCUGGUUUGUCGAGGCAUUUGCUGAUUGUGGCCUUGACGCUGUCAAUUAUUUCGACAAUGUUUAUAAGGUCCCCCAUGAUGAUCUCCUUCCCGACUUUGUUCCCCAAACCCAUGCCCUUGCCAUGAAUCCUCUUGUGCUAAUGCAGGUGACUCAGUUUAAAUGCAACGGGUUUGUGAUGGGGCUCAUAUUUUGCCAUAGUAUUUGUGAUGGCCUUGGAGCUGCACAAUUCCUGAAUGCUAUAGGCGAGAUGGCCAGAGGUCUGCAACAUCCCAGUAUUGCCCCAGUUUGGCACAGAGAAGCCCUCCCAAGUCCACCACCACCAACAGGCGUGGCCAGAGACGACCCAAAUCUACCAUCACCACCACCAUUUCCAUCCCUACCGGACUACCAGCUAGAGCAUGCGUCCAUAGAUGUUACUCUAGACCGAAUCAAUCAACUCAAGCUUGAAUUCUCAGAGCUGACAGGUGGUCGACGUUGCUCCACAUUUGAAGUCGUAGCUGCCACAAUGUGGAGGUGCAGAACACGGGCGCUAAAUUUCAAGGGCGAUACCAAAGUCGAUCUUGUGUUCUUUGCGAACGUUCGUCACCUCCUUCACCCUCCACUGCCAGAUGGUUACUAUGGUAAUUGUUUCUUUCCGGUAACGGUGACGACCAAUUGUGAGACGGUCUCACGCGCAUCAAAUGCGGAGGUUGUGAAAUUAAUACAAGAGGCCAAGGCUCAGCUGCGGGUCCAAUUCACCAAGUGGAUGAAGGGUGAUGAUGCGGGGGAGGGUAUGGACCCAUUCGCCCCACCUCUGGCGUACACCACACUGUUUAUAUCCGAGUGGGGCAGAUUGGGGUUCAACCAGGUGGACUAUGGGUGGGGUCCCCCAGUUCACAUGGUCCCCAUACAAGGCUCUAGUAUCAUCCCCGUGGCAAUUAUAGGAUGUCCACCAACACCAAGGAAGGGAGUCCGUUUGAUGACGUGGAGUGUCCAGGGGGUCCACCUACCACAGUUGCUUGAUCAAAUGUCAAGGCGUUAGUGGUAACCCCAAUUAGAAAAUAAUUUCUUCACCGAAUGAAUAAUGGGUGCAAUUAAUAUUGCAUUGAGAAAAAUUGCCAUCAAAAUUUUAUAAUGAUAUGCUACGUACGUACUUAUUUUCAUUAUCAUCAACUCUCAUCAAGGGCUAAGAUUUGUGCUGUAUAUGAUAUUCACGAUGCGAGGCUUGAAAAUUAAGACAUAACAAUGGAACUGA